CUCUAUCUGCAAGGGUUUUCCCGGUUGCCACUUUCUCUUCUUGUACGGAGUACCAACAUACGACCUCGGAACUCUCUCUGCUCCCAGUGCAUGGCAGCACACAAUGCAGCAGACUCAGCCGGCUCGACACUGGUGGACAAUUGGUCGGCGACGCUCGCUGCUGUCCCGGCGAUAUUCCACACAGUCACAGUCACACUCACCCCCGCCGUGGCGGCCUGCUUCCGCCCUGGAUGAGUGGGUAGAGCGUGAUGUUCGGCCUAUCAGUCUCCGCCAGUUGACCUUUUUUGGUCGAACUUUGACCGAGUCUCGGUUGAUCAGCUCGGCGAACUACGUGCGCACCGAGCUGCCUACUAGAAUUGCGCACCGACUUCGCGAGAUCCAGAAGCUCCCGUAUGUCAUCGUUGCGAAUCCCCACCUGUCGAUGGUGUACGAGCUGUACUACAAAGCGUUUGAGAGAUUCCGAGUCGUGCCCGAGAUCAGAACAUUGGCAGACAAUGAUAAAUUCUGUGAUAUUCUACGCCACACACUCAAGGAGCAUCUAGUCGUGAUACCCAACCUGGCGAUGGGGGUGCUGGAGUCUCGAGAACUCAUGCCGCCGGACCAGAUGGACCACUUCAUGAACACACUCCUCCGAGCGAGAAUUUCCCGACGCGUUAUUGCCGAACAGCACCUCGCGCUAACAGAGACGUUCAACUCUCCCUGGCAUUUCCCUGACUCCCACACGCGGUCAGACAGCAAUAUGGAAUUUGUUGGUGAGGUGUUUCUCAGAUGCAACGCGAAGGAGGUAAUUGAGCGAUGUGGCAAGCUGUCCCAGGACAUGCUUAGACAAUGUGCCGGGUCUGACAAGAUCCCGGACAUCUGCAUCAAAGGCCACCUGGAUGCCACUUUCCCCUAUAUUCUCAGCCACCUAGAGUACAUCAUCGGCGAGCUGCUUCGCAACUCAAUCCAGGCUGUGAACGAGAAGUACCAGGAGUUGUUGGAGCCGCCGCCACCCAUCGAAGUGCUGAUCUGCGAAGCACCACAACAUGUGAUCGUGCGGAUUUCCGACCAGGGUGGCGGUAUUCCUCGAGAUCUGCUGCCGUACCUGUGGUCAUUCAGCAAAGGGCCUCGCUCCAAGUCCCAGCUUGAAAAUCUCGGCCAGGUCCCUGCUAUGGCGGCCACCAUGCAGGAACUCACCGUCUCCAAGGAGCGCAAACAUGCCGAUAAGGAGACCUUCCGAGAGAGCUCACUUGACUCCCUUUCCUCUCGGCCUCCAAACUUGCGCCUUGGGAUUGGUUUGCCUAUGAGCCGCGUGUACGCCGAGUAUUGGGCGGGCAGUCUCGAAUUGCACAGCCUGGAAGGCUACGGAGUGGACGCUUUCCUGCAGAUCUCUAAGCUCGGGAAUAAGAACGAGCAGGUCACGACACGAGCAGCCAUUGACGCAGUGUGAGCGCUGUCCGGGGAGAUUUUACAUCAAACGCAACUGUACCUUUUUCAAUGGUGCGCCACACAUCGUUUCAACCGCUGUGGCGGGCGCAGAUGCAUGUGGCGGUGCGCAUCACUAUUAACGUGGUAUGACGUCAACGGUGUGAGAUUGACCAUUCCGAUCCCGUCAAGUUCCCACCAAGGACGAGUCUUGACCAACCCCAGUCCAGUCGCCUGUGGCCCUCUAAAGCGCUUGCUGGAUCCGCCUGUUCCCAGUAUUCCAUCGUGUUGCUACCCUUCCAUCUGCUGAUCGCUGACGUCUGUGGAUCGUCUGAAC